CUAAAACAGAUCCCACUCUCAAUCUCAAACUCCCCCUCUCUAAACCUCAGCGGCGGCCACCAUCGUACAGAACAACUGAAGAAGCAGAAACAAUGGGAGGUCGAAGAGGGUCUCGUACUCAAAGGAAACAUUUUAAACAAAGCAGAGAAAAUGUUUGGAAACGACCAAAAACCGAGUCUUCAUCUGACCCCAAUAACCCCAACUCUAAUAACCCUGCUUGGCAGCCUUUUGCUACUCAAAACCCUUCCUUUGAUGAAUAUUACAGAGAACAAGGGAUUGUUUCUCCUGAGGAAUGGGAUGCUUUCAUGGAAAUGCUUAGAAAACCAUUACCUGCUGCUUUCAGAAUUAAUGCCACUAGCCAAUUUUGUGAGGAUAUUCGUUCACAGUUAGAGAAUGAUUUUAUGAAAUCUCUUCAAGCUGAAGCUAUUGAAGGGGGUGACUUGGAGCCUAUAAAACCUUUGCCUUGGUACCCUGAUAACCUUGCUUGGCAAUCGAAUUUUUCACGCAUGCAGCUAAGGAAAAACCAAACUCUUGAGAGGUUUCAUGAGUUUUUGAAACUUGAAACUGAAAUAGGGAACAUCAGUAGACAGGAGGCUGUCAGCAUGGUGCCUCCUCUAUUCCUUGAUGUACGUCCCGAUCAUUUUGUACUUGAUGUGUGCGCAGCACCUGGUUCAAAAACUUUUCAGUUGCUUGAAAUUAUACACCACUCAGCUAAAGGACGAUUUUUACCAGAUGGCAUGGUUCUAGCAAAUGAUCUUGAUGUACAAAGAUGUAACCUUCUCAUCCACCAAACAAAAAGAAUGUGCACUGCUAACCUGAUAGUUACAAAUCAUGAAGGUCAACACUUUCCUGGCUGCCGUUCCCACAAAAAUAUCUCAAAUGGUUCAGACACAACAAAUAACUUGGAGCAGAGCAUUCCUCAACUUCUCUUUGACCGUGUAUUAUGUGAUGUGCCCUGCAGUGGUGAUGGUACUCUCCGCAAGGCUCCUGAUAUCUGGCGUAAAUGGAAUGGAGGAAUGGGCAAUGGACUUCACUGCCUACAGAUUCACAUUGCCAUGCGAGGUCUAUCUUUGUUGAAAGUUGGUGGAAGAAUGGUUUACUCAACCUGCUCCAUGAAUCCAGUUGAAAAUGAAGCUGUGGUUGCUGAGAUUUUACGAAGAUGUGGAGGGUCUGUUGAACUAGUUGAUGUCUCAAAUGAACUGCCUCAAUUAAUUCGCCGACCAGGUCUAACUAAAUGGAAGGUACGUGAUAAGGGAGUCUGGUUACCAUCAUACAAGGAUGCUCGCAAGUUGCAAAGAAAUGGGAUUGUUCCUAGCAUGUUCCCUUCUGGCAAAAAUUAUGCGGAUCUAACUAACAACAACCAGAAGAGUGAGAAUGGUGAAAGUGUAAAUGCUGAAGAUGUAGUUCAGCCUGAUGAUACCAUUUCUUCGAUUGAUGAUUUGGAGGAAGAAGUUUCUGAUCUCUCACUACAACUCUGCAUGAGGAUAGUGCCUCAUGAUCAGAACACAGGAGCCUUUUUCAUUGCUGUCCUCCAGAAAGUUUCUCAUUUGCCAGCAAUUCCUGACAAGUCUGCUACUUCACAAGGAAAAUUAUCAACUAGAAGUGAACUGCAUGAAAAUUUGUCAGACCAAGCUGCUGAGGAAAUUAAUGGAUUAGAAGUUAGUUCUGUGGAUGGGGCAGAUGAAAAGAUCUUGGAAGUAGCUUCAAAGGCUGAAGAAAAUAUCUCUGAGAUGGCUUUGGAGGCUGCUGAUGAAAAGAUCUCAGAAGAGACUUCAGAGGUUGAUGAAAAGAUCUCUGAGGUGGCUUUAGAAGCGGAUUUAGUUGAUGAUGAACCAGCUGGAGGUGCUCCAGAGAGCAAUUCUUCUGAAGCAGCUGAUAAGAAAACCGAUUCUGCAAAAACAGGAGAGAAGAGGAAAUUGCAGAUUCAGGGCAAGUGGAAAGGCGUCGACCCUGUUCUUUUCUUCCAAGAUGAAACUAUAAUAAACAGCAUUAAGGCAUUUUAUGGUAUUGAUGAAUCCUUCCCAUUCACUGGCCACCUUGUUACAAGAAACAAGGAUGCUAACCAUGUGAAGAGAAUUUAUUAUGUUUCAAAAUCAGUUAAGGAUGUUUUGGACCUGAAUUUUCGAGUUGGACAGCAACUGAAGAUAACUUCCGUUGGCCUGAAGAUGUUUGAGCGCCAAUCAUCUAGAGAAGGUUCCUUGGCACCAUGCUCAUUCAGGAUAUCAUCAGAAGGGUUGCCUGUGAUUCUCCCAUACAUUACCAAACAAAUACUGUAUGCUUCCCCAGCAGAUUUCAAGCAUCUUUUGCAAUAUAAAUCAAUCAAAUUUGCUGACUUUGUUGAUGCUGAUUUCGGUCAGAAGGCAGCAGACCUGAUUUUAGGCUGCUGUGUGAUUGUUUUGAGAGAAGGUGACAAAUUAUCAGACCAUAUCCAAGCAGAUGCAUCGGCAAUAGCCAUUGGCUGCUGGAAAGGCCGGUCGAGUUUGAGUGUGAUGGUUACAGCAAUGGACUGCCAGGAACUGCUGGAAAGGCUUUCAGCACGUAUGGAGACUGAAAAGAAUGGAACUUUGGAACCCGAAAGCCUUGGCGUGCUAGAUAAGAAACAAGAUUUGAGUGGUGAAAAUAGAACCCCACUGGAGGAUCACAAUGUCGAAGCAAUGAAAAUACAGGAUACCAAUGCUAGUGAAUAGGACUAAAGAUGAAAGAGUUUCAAGGUUCUAUAGAUACUUUAGUAAUUUGAAGGUCUUACUUACUGACUGCUAGAUCGAAGCUUUGAUUAUUAUUGAGAAAUUUUAAGGUUUAUUUAUUGCCACCUUAGGUAUAAUGGAACAUAACAGUUUAACAAACAAUUUGGUUCACGCUAUCAAAGUUGUCGAAUGCAAUUUUAUCUGGCCA